AUGAUUAUGGGCAAUGGUGUAAGUUUUUAUACAACUCCUUACGGUUCGGCACCAUUUGUAGGUUUAUUAGCGAACUGUAAUCAAGGAUUAACAACAUCUACUCAACAACCUAUACAAGGUUCUUAUUAUAAUUCCCCAUAUCAACAACAACAACAACAAUUACCAUCUCAUCAAUUAACAAAUAAUGAACAAGAUAAUGCUUCAUUAUUUAAAUUAUACGAUUUUAAUACAAAUAAUCAAAGUGAAAUAAUACGUUUUAUAUUUUAUUUUGCUGGUAUUUCAUUUAAAGAUAAACGUGUUAAACAAGAAGAAUGGGAUAGAGUUAAAGAUAAUAUACCUAUUCAACAAUUACCUAUAUUACGUGUUAAUAAUCAUUUUAAAAUUUAUUAUUUAAAUAAUAUUAUACGUUAUUUAGCACGAGAAUUUUGUUUAUAUGGUACAGGAAAUCAAGAUUUUGCUAUUGUCGAUAUGAUUUUUGAAAUCAAUUCAGUAUUUCAAGAAAAAUUCUUCGAACAAAUGCAUAGUACAACAAAUAUUGAAGAACGAAAAAUGAUUUUAUCACAAUUUAUUGUUAAUCAUGCAAUAAAAUAUUUAAAUCAAUUAGAAAAAUUUUAUAAAAUCUUUAAUCGUAAUGGUCCAUUUUAUUUAGGAACACAAAUCUCACUUGCAGAUUUAGUUGUUUAUCAAACAAAUAAUUAUUUAAUUGAUAUUGAUCCAAAAAUACUUGAUAAUUAUUCUCAUUUAAAAGAAGCAUAUAAUCAUUUAGAAAAACAUCCACAAAUAAUUCAUUAUUUAAACAAUAGAAAAUAUUCGAAAAUAAAAAAGAAACGUAAUGUUACACUUUCACCAACAUCACAUAAUAUGUAUCAUUCGUAUCAAAGAUAUCAAUCAUAUGAUGGACGAAAAUCUUCUCGUCAUCGUCAUCGACGUCCAAAAGAACCAGUUUUAGUUGUUCAAACAAAAAAAGAUGGAAAAUCAUCGAAUUCUCAAUCAAAAGACAAAGAAACACCAGUACAUUCCAAACAAGAAUCUAAGUCACCGAAUACGAAACAAGAUGAAAAGAGAUCAACAUCACCACGGUCAGUUGAUGUCAUACCACAACCACCAAGAGUUACUGAAGUUAUACCGCAACCACCGCCCUUAACUGAAUUUAUACCACAACCACCACCAGUAAUUGAACUUAUACCACAACCACCACCAUUACCCAUAGCCAAUAUUUCAAUUAGCGAGAUAGAUUAUAAUAAAAAAAAAGAUAUAUUUCAUUGUGAUUAUUAUGUUCUUAAUGGAAAUAAAUUUUGGAUUACAAAUGGACCAGAUGCUGAUGUACUUGUUGUUUAUGCUAAAACAAAUCCAUCGACUGAAAAACCUCAACAUGGUAUAACAGCAUUUCUUAUUGAAAAAGGUAUGGAAGGUUUUUCAACUGCACAAAAACUUGAUAAAAUGGGUAUGCGUGGAUCAAAUACAUGUGAACUUUUAUUUGAAGAUUGCAAAGUUCCUGCAAAAAAUAUACUUGGGAAAGAAAAUCGUGGUGUUUAUGUAUUAAUGAGUGGUUUGGAUUAUGAACGUCUUGUACUUGCAGCUGGUCCUGUUGGUUUGAUGCAAGCUUGCUGUGAUACGGCUUUUGAAUACGCACAUGUACGCAAACAAUUUGGUAAACCAAUUGGUACUUAUCAAUUAAUCCAAGCAAAAAUAGCUGAUAUGUAUACAACAUUAAAUGCUUGUCGUUCUUAUUUAUAUUCGACCGCACGAGCUGCUGAUAAAAAUAUUGUUAGCAAUAAAGAUUGUGCUGGUGUUAUAUUAUAUUGUGCUGAAAAAGCUACUCAAUUAUGUCUUGAUGGUAUACAAAUUCUUGGUGGUAAUGGUUACAUUAAUGAUUAUGCAACAAGUCGUCUUCUUCGUGAUGCAAAACUAUAUGAAAUAGGUGCUGGUACAAGUGAAGUUCGACGAUUACUUAUUGGCCGUUCGAUUAAUGCAGAAUAUGGGAUCAAAUCUUAG